CUAGAAGUAGAUGGGAGGAUAAUAUUAAGAUGGCUCUUAACGAAAUAUGGUUAUAGGUUUGAAUAUAAAAUUUUAUUUUGUGUUUGUGCUGUGUAAUAUUUCAACAGAAUACUGGUCUCACUUUGACAAGAACAAGCCAUAAGUAAAAAUUCUGGCCCUUCAAAUCGGAGUUUGUUAGGAAGAAUGUUAAGUUCCCAAGGGAAAAGUAAAUAACUCAGCAAUUCAAAAUAUGGAUAGAACAAGAUAUUAACAGUACCGAAAAAUGUACUUGUUCCAAAUGAUGACGGUGACUCCAGAGAUGACUAGAGAUUUGUGUUCCAGUCAUUCACAGAGGAUAAACGUGAACUGGCGCUGAUGUAACUCCUCUGUGCGAAACAUACUCGUCAUUAGCACGACUCUGUACUUACGUAACGUUCUAAAGUAACGCGCAGUACCAGCACAGCUGUGUUGCUACAUUACAACAUUCCUGCCGUUUAACAGGCGGUUCAAGGCCUUUCGGUCUUACAGUGAUUAAAAUAUUUUCUUCAUUGUGCGGCCAAUAUAACAGCAGAGAAGAACGCGAAUAUGUUGCCAGGAGGGUAUGGAUAAAACCGCGAAACUCUUCAGAAAGUACAGACGGUCUUUGAGCUGAGAUUCAAACAUGGUACUCUCGAUUUUGAAGGGCGACUGUUAACCACAACACCACGUCAUCACGUUAAAACAAGAAGUUCCAGCAAGAAAUUUUAAAGAUGGAUAUAAUCAUUGCACUUGCUGUAAUUAUCGUGAUUUUCGUCUAUUUGUGGACGAAUACGACGCCGAAGAAUUUCCCGCCUGGUCCGCCAUGUUUGCCCGUCCUGGGAUCGAUCCCUUUUUUGCCCCGGAAGUAUCUCCACUGCGUUAUGGCUGGGAGCUGGAUGGACAAGUAUGGUCCCGUGGUGGGACUAAUGUUUGGGACGAAGAAGGCGCUCGGAGUGAGCGGAGCGAAGGCUGUACUGGAAGUGCUUAGGCGAGAUGAGUUCCAGGGUCGCGUAGACAAUUCCAGAACCAGGGAUAUAUCAUUUAACAAGCGACUUGGAAUUAUAUUCACUGACGGCCCGUAUUGGUUGCAGAUGAAACGUUUCAGUUUGCGUCAUUUGAAAGAUUUCGGGUUUGGAAAGGCAGACAUGGGUGGACUGAUCAUGCAGGAAGUUGAAGACUUGGUCAUUGAAAUGCGAAGCAAAGACACUGUGCAGAUGUAUGGCCUGUUCAAGAUAUCCGCUCUGAAUGUUAUCUCGGGUGUGAUGUCUGGUAUGCGGUAUGCAAGAGAUGACGAAGAACUUCAAGCGCUGGUAAACAACCUGGACGAACUUGUACGCCGUUCAUUCCGAUCAGGAAAGAUCUCUAAUAUAUUUCCUAUCCUGAAACGCCUUUUCCCUCGCAUUACAGGGUCAAACGAAAUUAUGUAUUACAUCAAAAAUGCCUACAAUUUUAUUCAGAGAAAAAUCACGGAACAUAAACAAGUUCUGAAUGAGAAUAAUCCUAGAGAUUUCAUUGAUGCGUAUUUAAUUGAAAUGCAGAAAGGAAAUUCCAAUGGAAACGCCAUUUUUACAGAGGAAGGGCUAAUUGUGACCUGCCACGACUUCUUCGUCGCUGGAGGAGAUACCACAAACAACACACUGGUUUUCUGUCUGCUCUACAUGAUACUUCAUCCCCAAGUGCAAAAUGCGGUCCAGGAAGAACUUGAUUCUGUGGUAGGACAAGACAGAAGACCAUCUGUUGAAGACAGGCAAAGGCUGCAUUAUGUGAAUGCUGUCAUAAGUGAGGUGAUGCGCAUUAACCCAGUUGUACCGCUGACUGUACCACACCGCGUUACCAAAGAUACUAAUUUGCACGGAUAUACAAUUCCGAAGGAUACCAUGGUUUUGAUAAACCUGUGGAGCGUGCAUCACGACCGCGGACACUGGGGUGACCCUGAAGUUUUUAGACCCGAACGUUUUCUGGACGAAAACAGAAAUUUUGUUAAAGACGAAUGGAUUAUUUCCUUUGGAGCUGGUAAGCGAAUGUGCCUCGGCGAAGCAAUGGCACGAAACACAAUUUUCCUGUUCUUCACGUCGCUACUUCAAGAGUUCUUGUUCAGUUUGCCUGAAGACGAUCCUCCUCCGCAGACGUUACCUCUUCCAGGAAUGACGAUGGCCCCUCAGCCAUUCCGAGUGAAAAUUACUCGAAGAAUUUAGCACACGUCAUUCCUAUAAACUGUCCCCGAAGAGAAAGUUGCAAAGUCUUUCUUAUGUCACAUAAUUAUACUAAUUUGAUUAUAUCUUUACAAUUCUGACACAUUCAGAUUUUCUGGAAUGCACAGUCAGUUGGAAUUUAUAUCAAGUCAAAUUGACUUGAAGAAGUAUGUAGUAGGACAUUUUAAAAUGACAGCGAAUUGUAUAAUAUCUGAUUUUGUCCUGACAUUCCACACCAUUCGAAAUAACGCCAAUUAGACAACUGUCAAUUCAAUAUACAAUUACGUUUCAUGUUAAAUGUAUCUGUAUCAAUUGUAGAUAAUAUUUAGCGUCAUACGUGAUAAGGAGAUGAUUAUGGGUGAACUAUUUACAGUGUUUGUUCUACGCAAGUCCAGGUUAAUAUUAAACAAGUUUUAAAUAUUUAUGGUAUGACAAUAUAACUGAAAUCUGCGAAAACCAGCUAAUUUAUGUAAAAUAUCUACUUACGUUAAAUUAUAACUAACAAUAAAAAAUUGAAAUAUCCUGUGAAAA